UAGUAAGUUGUAAGAUAAACGUGCCACUUCGCUUGAUUACCUACAGUAAAUGGUUUUGUUGUGUUUGACGGUUCGAAUUCGGAGCGUAACAUCGCCUCCAUGUGAAUCAUGAUCGGCACGCUUAGAAACAUUUGGGAUGCUAUCCAUUUUUUAACCAGAUUUCUUCUUCUGCUUUAUAUCAAAACUUUGGAAAUCCACGGGCAAGAGGGUGAUGGCUGCGGCCACACCGCUACAGGCGUCCUGAGCGGCACAGUGGCCUCCCGCAGCUUCCCGGGGACCUACCCCAACAACACGCGCUGCCAGUGGCGGCUGAUCGUGCCUCCGGGCCACCGGCUGCGUCUGGCCUUCGGCGACUUCGACCUGGAGGCGAGCACCAACUGCAGGAGCGGCUCACUCACCAUCACGCCCGAUAACGGCGCACCCAGCCUGGGCCCGCUGUGUGGUCACAUGGACACCGUAUGGAGGAGGCUCACGCUGAACAGCAGCCAGGUGACCGUGCUCUUCGUCUCCGGUGUGCAUCGCUCUGGCCGUGGCUUCCUGCUGUCCUACGCCACCGACCGGCAGCCAGAUCUCAUUUCCUGUAUGGAGCGCGGUACUCAUUACUCUUCUGACCAGUUCAGUGCCUUCUGCCCAGCCGGCUGCAAGGACGUAACCGGGGACGUCUGGGGCCGGUCAGCUCAGGGCUACAGAGACACCUCAGUGCUCUGCAAAGCCGCCAUCCAUGCUGGCGUUGUGUCAGACGCCCUGGGGGGGCCCAUCACCGUGUCUCGGGAGCGCAGCAUCACGCUGUACGAGUCCAGCUUCGCCAACGGCAUCUUCUCCAAGACGGGAUCGCUGUCAGAGAAGAAGCUGGUUUUCCAAAGAGAUUGUGACGGCCCCCUAAACGUGUCGAGCUUCAACGCGUCUUCCGUCGUGGAGGAAUGGGACAGCGGGAGGCGCAUGAUGGCGCGGCUCACCGGCAGCAGAGACGCAGAGCACGGCGACACGCCUUGGGUGGCGAACAGCGACGACCGCAGUCCUUGGCUGAUGGUGAACCUCCAGAGCAAGAACAGCAUUACAGGAAUUAUAACGAAAGGAUUCCACUCAGGAUCUUCCGCCUUCUAUGUGAAGUCUUACAUUCUUCUGUAUAGCAAGGAUGGCAGGAACUGGAGGACAUACAAGGGAGCAGUCAGUAAGGAGAAGAAGGUGUUUGAGGGAAAUUCGGACAGUUCCCAGGAAGUACUGAACAGCCUGAUUCCCCCGGUAGUGGCUCAGUACAUCCUGCUGCGGCCUCAGGAGUGGCAUGCCAGACCUGCGAUGCACAUCCAGGUCCUAGGCUGCCCUGCGGUCCAGCCCCGCAUGGCCAAUAUACCCAAAACAGUGGCCCCCACGCCAACAACUGACAAGCAUCCUGUCUUAAAGGAGACGGAGAUCAAAGAGAUAGUAAAAGGUCCCGGACUCGCCGUGUGGUUAGCUGUAGGCAUACCGUUGUCGCUGGUUUUGUGCGCGUGUUGCCUACUGGCUGGACUCCGCUGGAAAAGGAGAGCAAACGACGUUGCCAAGAAGGACUCAUUAGCGCAAGACUGUCACGGUUUUCAGGGGAAAAGCACGACGAUCUGUGAGAAGCUCGACCCCCCCCUGGAGAGAGGCAUUCACGACCCUCUUCCUUCCCCUCCCCGAAAUGUCUACGCCUCCCCAGACCUGCUUACGGUAGGACCGAAGCUGGGCUCCACCUUCCGGCCAGCAUCUGACGGGGGCUACACUGCCCCGCUGGUACGGGCUCACUAUGACGUGCCGGGGAGGGUGGCCGUGGAGUACGCCGAGCCGCUGCUCCCCGAGCCCGAAUAUGCCACUCCCUUCGGCGAGCAGCCACCCGACCCGCCGGCGCCGCUCCUACAGGCCAAGGGCGGCCGGCUCGCCAUUCAUUUGCCUCCGCUGGGACUGAGAACCAACGGCUCACUGCAAGCGCAGUACGACUGCCCCACCCAUAGGGGGCGCCCCGGCGGCUCCAGCUUCCCUCUUUCUGGUGAGAGUGACCCACAUUCAGCCAGUGUCUUGUAUGCUGAACCUCAGCUGGCCGACCCUCCAGCCCAGCACAUCUACCACGAGCCAUAGGGAGGCUGGCGCAUUCAGACCAGUGUCUCUCUUCGUCUACCCCAUCGCUGACCGCCAGCCACACACUGGGGCCCAUAGCCCUCCCAGCGGAGUCUUGACGCUUCAGAUUUGACCUGCGCAGUGGAUCCAUCGCACGGCACAGACCUGGUACCUGCGUAUCUACGAGGAACUGCACUGAGAGUCUGAGGAGUAACACAAAGAAUUUCUCCGGAAAAUAAAUCCCGCAGCAUUUUUGGGCAGAUGUGGUGGUGUUACGCAUGCAUGACAUUUACAAUAUGGAUAGAGGGGGAAAGGCGAAAGGUCUCCACAUUGACACUUUUCAGGGAAUCUGAAAAGCUUAUGAAAGUAUUUGAAAUUCUUCCCUUUUAACUGAUUUGUCCGGCAGAUCUGUGUGUCGGGGCGUUACCAGAGCAACGCAAGAUGCUGGACAGCAUAACCAAUCACUGUGUCGUGACUUUGUGUUUGAGCACAGGUUGGAAUUUAGAUAUCUCCACUUGCAUGAUGCAAAAACAAAACACAAAAUAUUGCAUAAAGACAGUUCAGCCUUAAACAGCAGUGAUUCCUGGUGUUUAGAUUUUAAAUAUGUAUGUAUAAGUUACACUGAAAUAUUUUAUUUAAUGUAAUAUGUAAUGUAUAGCUUAAUAUAUAGGACUCAAUAGCUUCAGCAACACUUGCGCCCACGUUGCACAGAGCAGGAUACCAGAAGAAAUUAGUUUUUACUGAUAUGUGUUUUGCUUUAUAUCUCUGCACAGCAUACUUUUGUACACAUUUGUAUUAAGUGUUAAACAGAAAUCAUACAAACUGUGUUUCUGCGUAUUGUCUUGUCUGUAUAGAAAUGCUUGUUUUUCACUUUGGACCUUGCGUCUGGCAAUCCUUCGAUGUGGAUAAAGGAAGGUCGGAAUGUUAUAAAUGUAAAUGCUGUUCCACACCAGAGGUGGAAAGUUCAGAUCCGGAAAGUACAAAUCCAGACCAAGAUUUUGUUCCAACCAACCAGCUGAGUACUCUGUGAAUGUGACUCUUCACGCUCGACUGUUUCGUUGAAAGAAAAUCUUGGUCUGGAUCAGUACUUUCUGAACCUGAACUUUCCACCCCUGUUCCACACCCAUGGGAUAGGUCAUAUUGAGCACCGUUUUGAUUAAUCGACAUGAGUCCUUAAGGUAUUUUCCAGCUGU